UCAAAUGCCAUUCACUCUCCAACUUCCAACGACAAGCGGCCUCGCCCUCUCUCUGGAGUGGUUGUCUACGUAUCCAAUCAACUUUCCUUGCGUCAGGUCAAGCUCAACGAAGUGGCACAUCGUCUUGGUGCUGAUUAUAAAUGGACAUACGAUCCUCGAGUUGGUUUCCUAUACACAUAAGUUCAUCUCUAUGUGCCUUCAAUCCUUAUUAUUGUAUUUUAUCUCAUCAUUUAUUUAA